AUGCUUCCUAUAGACCUCAUAUCCCUUCCGUACCAAAUAGUGCUCACUGACAACAGACUAUUGGACGGCAUUCUCAUGGCGAUUGACGACCAGCGCAAUCUGCUGCUUUCAGACGUGUACGAGCACUCGGGCUCGCAAACAAGACACCUGGGCCUCGUGUCGGUGCCCAAGAACACCAUCAAAUGUGUGCUGGUGGACAGAAAAGAGUACGCAAAGGCCCAGCGCUACAGAGAGCGCCAGUCAUGA